AUGGAUUGCAGCUACGGACGAAUCUGCUCCUUCGUACCCUUUAUUUGCUUACAAUUUGUUAUCGUCAGGUUCACAGCAAAUGGGCAGAAAGUACCUGCGAGUGAACUCAACACCAGAAAUUUUCGCCAGCUUCCCCGUGCGGACGACAUCUUUGAGCACUACGACAAGAGAGCAUGGCCCACCUACGGAACAGGCAAACCUACGGACGUCGUUGUCAAUAUGCACAUCAACACCCUCGGCCCUUUAAAUGCGAAUGAUUUGGACUACGACAUGGACAUGUACCUGAGGCUAGCCUGGAAAGAUCCUAGGUUGAGCAUGCGCAGAUUUGGAAUAAACCGCACCCUCACCUUGAAUGGUCAGCACCUUCUCUCGCGGAUGUGGAAACCUGACCUGUUCUUCGUGAACGCCAAGGAAGUGAGAACGCACAGAGUCACGAUGCCGAAUGAACUGCUCCAGCUGUCGCCAGACGGAGACAUACUCAUCAGCAUAAGGUUGACGAUGAAACUCUCCUGUUUGAUGUUGUUUCACAACUUCCCCUUCGACAAGCAGAAAUGCUACGCUCUCGCACGUCCAUAUGCUCAUCCACUCAAUCAAAUCAUGCUUGUGUGGCGAGAAAAGGAACCCGUUUUUCUAGAGCUUCCAAUUGAGAUGCAAGAUUUUGACCUAAUGGCCAUGUCCUACGAUGACUAUACAGAGGAGAUUGAGACAGGCAACUUCUCCUGUCUGCGGCUCAGCUUUCUGCUGGACCGCCAGAAUGGGUUCCACAUGAUCCAGACGUACCUGCCUACGUACAUCGUGGUCAUGGUGUCCUGGAUCCCCUUCUGGAUCCGGCCGGACGUGAUACCUCCCAGGGCCAUCCUGGGCGUAAAGACGCUGCUCACCCUGGCCGGCAUCUACCUGGGCGCCAGCACGCACCUGCCCAACGUGGUCUACAGCAAGGCCAUCGACGUCUGGCUCGUCGCCUGCAUCCUUCUAAUCAUUGGAGCUCUCAUCGAGUUCGGCAUUGUCAACUACCUGUUCCUCAGCAAACUCACCAGGGCAGAAUACCUCCAAGCGAUCAGUGUGUUUCGGAGGCACAAAAUUCCGAAGGAUGCGAGCGGUCUGCCUGUCAACCAAAAGAGAGCGUGGGCAGUGGACCGUGCAUCACGCGCCAUGUUCCCGCUGCUCUUCGUGGGCUUCAACAUCGUCUACUGGGCCGUCUACCUGACCAGGCCCAUGUUGGACGUCGACAGGCUCUGA